AUGGACACACACAGCGGGUCUCUUUUUCCUGGCUCGGCUCGAAAGAGAAAGCUGAACGACUCCCACUCGCCUCAAAACACUGAAGACGCGGACGACUCGUGGGUAGACGUCUACAAAAACAUUAAACGAAUGGAUACGCUGUAUGAUGCCACAUUCUACAACUGGUUGAAAUCAGAAGACAACGUGGUUGUAAUAUCAAUGUAUUUGCAUCGCAUUGCUAAUCAAUAUCCACUGCCGAGGAUUAUUAACGCCUUGAAGUGGUUGAUUAGCGACUGGAGAUUGGAAAGCAUUGCAGUAUUGGUUAAGCAAGUUACUGUCGAUUGGAAAGGGAAUGAAGGCGACUCUCGUCGUGGAACACUUCUCCGCCAUAUGACUUACAACUGGGCUCCACAAUUUACCGCGUCACUUAUUGCUAGCAUUCUCACAGCACCUCCAUAUACUACAUCAACGUCAUACGUCGCAUCUAUAACAACCAUAAAUGCUGCGAGGCAGCGGUUCCUGAAAGCGUUAACGAGCGACUAUGAUUUCUCAAAGUUGUCAGAGUUUUUAAUGUGCCUUGGAUCGCAAUUGUCCUUAUCAUCUUCUUCAUCCUCAUCGGUUGUGGGUUGCGUUAGGAGUAGCAACGGAGAUGGGAUAAUAGUUGGAGGAACAGUGGCUUCAUCCUCAACGUUUUCCUUCUCUUCUUCAUCAACGCUCACCUCGAAUCAAUCCAUUCAACAUGAACACAUAGAAACAAUUGAGCUUGAACACAAGAUAAAAGUUGCGCUGUUGAAAGAUGCGGCAAGAAGGGAAAGGGAAAAAGAAGCGGAGUUGGAGGAAAAGAUUGCAAGGCGAUGCAGAGAAUGGAGAGAGAGGGGGUCGGAUAGAGAGGGUGGAGAGGCAAAGAGGUUGAAAUUGAGCGACGAGAGCGAGAAUACUCGUGCUAGGGUUCUUGAACGUAUAGGAAAUAAUAAUGGAGACGAGACGAGCGCGAGUAUUAUAUCAACUUUAAGUAUAAGGACGAGAGAACAAUUGGUUUCAGAUGCAGGACAUUCUGAGGACGGAUUGAUUUUGGGAGAGAGCGGAGAGGGCGUUGCUGUUGUUAUUGGAAGUUCAAAUUCUCACGGUCAUGGACAUACUUUUGGAGGUCAAGCCAGUCAUGAUUGUCAGAGUAUCGAAACUGCAGUACCAAGUCAAGAAGGUCUUACAAAGAGUGUCCCAUCGAAUGAUGGGAGUAUUAGUGGCAACGAAAUGAUUUUAUAG